AUGUUGGCCCCAGAAGUGCUUUUUCUGGUGAACAUUUUUGUACAACCCGAUGAAUCUGAGAGUGACCCAGCAGCCUCUGGCUUGCUUCGUGCUUUGCGUGCCAGACGCUUGGUGCGUGUCAUCCGCUUUGCUCGGAUCAUGCGCUUUCGAAAGGCCAUGACGCUGGCGAAGAAGCUCAGUUGCUACAAGCAUUUCCGGAUGUUCUUCCAAGGCUGGAUUUCAGCAUCACUUCUGCCCUUGGUUUUGCUGCUGUUGCUCCUGUCCAUCUCGAUUCAUUUCCUGGCCAGCUUGUGGUUUGUGGCGGGCGAUGUUGAAGGUGGCUGGGUGAUGGCCGAAGGCUUGCACGACGCACCAUUUGUCCAGCAAUAUGUGAGAAGUGUCGAGUGGGCCUUGUCCAGGUUACCAGCAUCGUCACUGAGAUCCAACGUCGAACUCAACACUGCCUUUGAGCGCUGGCUCGCCAUCAUGGCCACCUUCGUGUCUGUUUGCAUCUCCUCCCUCUUCAUCUCAGUGCUCACCAAUAUCAUGGCAGAUGUGGCGCGCAAAACCCGCAAAAUGACUCAGAUCCUGGAGUCUGUCAGGAAGUACUGUGGAACCUGUGGCGUCAGCUUGGCUCACACCAUGAAAAUCCGACGCCUUGUAGAGCGGGAACAUUUCCGCGCAAACAUUCAAGACCACAUGCAAUUUUUGCUCUCGCUUCCAGAAAGUCUAGUCCGAGAGCUUUUCCAUGAGGCACGCAGCUUGACAUUGGGAUGCCACCCCUUCUUUCUGGAGAUAGGAGCUGCAAACGCUUCUAUGGAGUUGAACCUGUGCAACCAGGCAGUCAAGGAGCUCUACUUGUUGGAGCACGAUGUGAUCUUUUAUGGGAAUCAGAAGGGCCAAGGACUAUACAUCUUGGCAUCAGGUGCUGCUGUCUAUGCGCCAGGCUCCGAAUUCCAUCAGCCACAGUCAGACAUCCUGCAGCACCACAACAAUCGCCGAAGGGAUUCUUUCAGCAAAGUCCUCAACAUUUUUGGAAGCACCGGCGACCAUGUCGAAGAUUCAUUCAGUGUAGUGAAACAGACGUCAUUGAUGUCUGGCAAACCAGAGGUCUACAUUGCCGCUGAAGAGUUUGUGAGCGAGCAGGCUUUGUGGAUCAGAGGCUGGAAAUACCAGGGCCGGCUCGAAGCAACUGUUGAAAGUAGAGCAAUCCUCCUGAGCAAAGCGGAGAUGCGCAUUGUGCUACAAGACUAUGCUGACAUUCUUGCAACCGCAGUGAUUUAUGCACGCUCGUUUGUGAGCGCUAUGAACGAGAUUGCCGCAGCGAACAUCUCCGACAUGCCCUUGGAUCCAUCAUUGCUCCACUUGGAUCCAGCGAGAUCGACCAGCUUGCCGAAGAAAUCUAGCAGCUCGGGGCCCAAAAACAAGGGACGAUAUGACAAGGUUCUUCCAAGCCAGUGA